AUGGUGAAUUCCUUGGUGUACCACGGUCUAUCACUAAACACCUCAAACCUCGGUGUCAACGAAUACGUCGCCUUCGCAGUUUCAGGAGCCGUCGAGAUCCCUGCUUACCUUCUCUCCGUGGUCGCCAUCGAGAUCAAGUUCAUAGGACGGAGGAUUAGUCUCAGUGUGUGCAUGUUGGUCGCCGGCGUGGCUUGCCUCUCUACAUCCGCCAUACCACCCGGAGCAGCACUCACAUCAGUUGCAAUGAUUGGUAAAUUUGGAAUUUCGGCAUCUUUCGCAAUCCUGUAUCUGUACACCGCGGAGCUGUACCCAACCAACAUCAGGAGCGUGGCAAUGGGGACCUGCUCGAUGUUUUCACGAAUCGCCGGCAUUGUGGCGCCCCUCAUACUCAUACUGGCCAAGAUUUGGACUCCACUACCCCUCGUCAUCUACGGGUCCGUCUCAGUGAUCGCUAGCCUACUGACUCUCUUCCUCCCCGAAACUUUGGGCCACAAGCUCCCCGAGACAAUCGAAGAAAGCGAAAAUUUUGGAAGGUAUUGCAAAGUGAAAUCUGAUGAGAACAACACCAGCUCGGGUAGAAAUGGCGUCUACAUUCUUAACCAGGAUGGGCGUGAAGAGAAGGAGAUUAAAGAGAAUGGAGGGGUCAACACCAUGGAUUACGUGAAUCCUGCUUCAUUCAAUAUUCAAGAUGAGAAUGACCACGGCAAACGGGAUAGUGGCGUGCAAGCUGAUUUACCGGAACAACCUUAG